AUGGAAGUGGACUUAAAAGAUUUCCUCACGGAAUUAAAAAAGACUUCAAGCUUUAAAGACUCCGGAGUCACACAGUUACUGGUAGCCACUCCCCAAGUUCUCAAGGAGGAUCUAAUUGAUGUCCAUGAGUUAAAGAAGAUACUGUCGAAAGAUGACCUUCAUUCAGCUAAAGCCAUAUUGACUGAAAUAUUAAGUCAUGUCCAGGAGGAUGAAGACGGUAAAAUUACCAUUGAGGAAUUUGUGAAUGAGUUCGCGAAUCUCUUGAAAGCUCUGAAAUCUAAACGAGUAAAGGAGAUGCUAAACACCAAAUUUGACUUAAAUAAUAUUAAUGCUGCUUCUGAAAUUAAGCAGAAUUUAAAUGCUCUGGGAAUCCAUCCAACAGAGAGCGAUAUUCAGAGGGCGAUGGAGAACCUUGCUUCUUCUGGUGAUGUGGUAAUGCUGAAGGAUAUCAUCAGAGAACUGGCCAACAAUGACAUAUUUAGUGAGUGCCAAAGAAUAGAGGACAUACAUAACCUCAUUGAUAGAAUCAGUGAGGACAAAGUGGACGUUAAAGACCUGUUGUCUGUCUUGAAGAAGCUCCAGAAACCUUCAGAGGAGGAAGAAGGCCAGCCUGGCGUAUCUCCGACCUCCGAGAUGAGUGGUGAGUACUUAGUCACUCCUCGGGUCUGGCUUUAG